AUGUCACUCCCGCUAUCCGGGCCUUUGGUCAUUGAAUUCGCGGGGUUGGCACCCGGAGUAGCCCAUACACCGGCCACCUCCUGCAAAACCUAUGGCGCCCGCGUCCUGCGCAUAGACCCGCACAACGCCACUCCAACACCCGCGGUGGACACACUAACCGAGCACAAGCGCUCCUUAAAACUCGACCUCAAGUCCGUCUCCGGCCACGCCUUGCUGUUGCGCCUUCUGCCCAAGGCCACAAUCCUACUAGAUCCCUACCGCCCGGGCGUGCUGGAAAAGCUAAACCUCUCCCCGGCCGCCGUGCACGCCGUAAAUCCGAAGCUAGUGUACGCGCGCCUCACGGGCUUCCGGCGCGACGGGAAGUACGCGGACAUGGCUGGGCACGAUAUCAAUUUCCUAGCCGUCAGCGGGGCGCUAAGCCUCUUCGGGAGAAAGGGGGAGGCGCCGGCGGCACCGGGGAAUAUAUUGGGGGAUUUUGCCGGCGGGGGGCUAGUCUGCUUCUGCGGCAUUUUGCUGGCCUUGUUAGAUGGGAAGGAGGAGAGGGUUGUCGAGGCGAAUAUGGUGGAUGGCACGGCGGGGUUAACCUCUUUCGCGCGCUUCGAGAUGGCGAAGGGCGUACGGGGUGCUUGGGGGAAUGAGCGUGGGGGGAAUUUGUUGGAUGGGGGAGCCCCGUUUUAUGAUACCUUCAGGACCAAGGACGGUAAGUAUAUGGCUGUAGGUGCGCUCGAGCAGAGGUUCUACGAGGCCUUCGUGGAGGGAAUGUUUAGGGGAACAGAGCUGCAUGGGAAGGUGCCGGAUCGGGAGGUCCCGACGAAUUCGCCAGUUCUGAGGGAGUUGUUUGGGAAGAGGUUCCUCGAGAAGACCAGGGAGGAGUGGGAGGGGGUCUUUGACGGGACGGAUGCGUGUUACGCCCGUGCUUGA